AUGUUCAGAAUUGCGAAAAAUUUGGUGAAAACUCUUGAAGAGUCUGUGACAGGAACAGUUGGGGACAAGCCUGUGGAUUCGUAUUUCCAUUCUGUGCCACCUCAACUCUUUCCUAUCAAGGAGAACGAUGCCAGGUAUUCUCAGCAAGCUGACUCUCUAUAUGGAUUGCGGGUCGUCCAAGUAAGUGAGACACAAUUGCAACUAAAUUCGUUCUUUGAUUAUAUUAUUGGUUUCAAUAACGAACCAAUUCCAUUGGUAGAAGAGAGCCAGGCAGUAUAUCCUGACUACAGAAAAAUCAUAUCCUUAUUCAAUGAACAUUGCGGCAACUCGAUAAAAUUGCAUGUAUGGUCCGGGAAAGGUGGUGUUUACAGAGAAGAGUAUUUGUAUGUGUCUCCAAAAAAUACUGUGAGCGAAAUACCAUUGGAUGACACAGGCUCACAAUCGCUAGCGACUUCUCAGAUGUUUGAGCCUUUAGGCUUCAAGGUUCAAUGGAGUCCAUUGGUUGCUGCUACUUUCAGUUACCACGUGCUUCAACUAAACAUUGAGAAUGGGCCUGCUGCGUUAGCAGGGUUGAUUCCAGAUCAAGAUUAUAUUAUUGCAUGCCAAGAUGGUUUACUAGCUACUGGGGGAGAACACUUACUUCAAGAUAUCGUAAGAUCUAGAGCAAAUCAUUCAUUAGUGCUAUACGUUUACAACAAGGGAGUGGACUGUGUGAGACCAGUCACUGUGCAAAUCGGUCCGGACGGAAGGUUGGGAUGUAACGUGGGAUACGGUUUCUUACACAGAAUACCAGCUCCUGUCCAGAGAUUUGACUCUGAAUCCAACCAAGAAGCAACACAAAGUCCUGAUCUUCAGACGUUCAAGCAAGAUCCAAAUAUUAUUCAACCCCUAAUACAGCCUACCAUAGCGUCACUGCCAACAGGGUCUGCUAAACCAAACGUAAAUCCAGCAAUCCCCGGAUUGAGAAGACAAGCUCAACACCACCACCACCGCGCAGCAAACGCUGCAAAUGCAGCUUCAGCGACAGUCAUGAUGGCAGAUUAUUUCCAGGAGGGUAAAGAUCAGUCACCAAAAGUCUCGUCUGCUACUGCCACUCCACCUCCACCUCCGCCACAAUCAAACCCUGUACAAACUGAAGAGUCAACAGACUCUGCUAAUAAUAAUGAAGAGUAA